GUUUAUUCGUCCAGAUGAACAUACUCUACCUGCUGGUCUUAUGUCACUGAAUGGGUCUGAUGCUAAUGGAGGCUGCCUUCAAAACUGUGUGGAUAAUGUGAAUAACAUUUGUCUAUGUUCUGAUGGCGUACCCUUUACUUCAACUCUCAUCGAUGGGGUGUAUCCCACUAGUGUGGUCACCACUGAGCUAACUUGGGCGAGACAUUUCUUUACUAUCAGUAGAAGUGGGGAGACUCAAGUAAUUAUUGGAUUUAACUGGAAUACUGGAUUCAUGCUCAGAGGAGUUGAACUGAAACUGUUUAACUGUGCAACACUGGGUACUGACAUUCGUACCAUCAAUGUGUGGGAGUCCAUUCUCUACCCAACCUUCAAUCCUAUAGUUGCAACACAAAUAGGAAACUAUGUAACAACUGGAGGUGAUCUGAACUGUAAUUCUGUGACAGCAAUUGUUAUUCAAGCAAAUGCAAAUGUAAAUUUCCAAACCUAUUACAUUGAGUUUGAAUUUGAACAAGGAGACAGUAACACUGACAUCUACAUAGCUGAGGCUAGAUUCAGUAACACAACUAUUACCAUCCCCAAUGAAGUCACCUCAUCUCCUCCAUCACCAGCUGUCACCUCAACCCCUCAACAACCCUCACCAUCCUCAAUAAUUAUCUCAACAUUUGUUCCAAUGAUGUCAUCUAUGGACACUACCCUAUUCAGCUCACCUGUUGUGACUGUGACGACUGCCCCAAUUCAAAAAACAAGUUCAUCGUAUCGAUUAUCAACAAUGCAACUAACAGCGACACCCACACCUACAGUUACACCUAUAGGCUUCACUGACUUCUCAACUGACCCCCCCACUGACACUGUGCCCCCCACAGCUUCCCCCCCCACCUGGCCCCCAGCUGGGUGCAAUCGUUGGUCCACUAGUCGGAGUGAUUGUUGUACUCAUUCUCAUUAUAGUGAUUGUUUUACUAUGGAAACAGAAAAGAAAUGCAGAAAGGAACAGACCAGAAGGAAUCAUUCAAACGAACAAUCUUACUAAUCGGUCCUCUGCAAUCGACUCAGAAAACAUUGACCU